AUGUUCCUCAAUGAUGUCGUUGCCACGGCGUCUCUGAAUAAAUGGGAUAAAUGCAACAUAGCGAACUAUCGAGGCAUAACCUCUUUGUGUGCCGAGUCAAAAGUGUUUGAAACCAUUAUCAAAGAUGCGUUAUUCGCAGCAUGCCGACACUAUAUCAGCACGACGCAACAUGGUUUCUAUCCAGCACGUUCACUGGAAACUAAUCUGGUGGACUUUGGUGGAUCAUUUUGCGCAAAGAGCAUGAGCAACAAAGUUCAAGUAGAUGCGAUUUACAUGGACCUAAAAGCUGCUUUCGAUUCUGUUAAUCACACUAUUCUGUAA